AUGAAAGAAGGACAUGAACUACCAAAAGAAAACCAAUCUGCCCUGCCCGGCAACCGGCAUGUGGCCAACCUGUCAAUCAAUGCUCAGCCAGAUGACGACGAGCUGGACCAGGGAGUCUGGCUGCUGUCCUCCUGCCUUCCUAGUAAUUACCACUUUGUGAAUCAAUCUAAGACUUGGUCUGAGGCUCAGAGUUUCUGCAGACAAACUCAAACUGACCUGGCCACUGUAGACAACAUGGAGGACAUGAGCAGGCUACUGCAGUCUGUCAGUGACACUUAUACUGGCUCUGCAUGGAUUGGACUGUAUGAUGACCUGAAGAACAGUUGGAGAUGGUCUCUGGAAGACCCACAGUUCUACAAGGAGGGAGAGAGAGACUUCAGGAACUGGAUCCCAGCACUAUCGAGAGUCAGGGCAGACCUAGGGAUGGUAGUAGGAUGGGGAAAAGCAGGCAGACUAGUAACAUGGCCGGAACGGGAGGUGGGCGUGGAGUUAGGAGAGGAGAAGAGCGGGGACAUGCUGGUAGUGGGCACAGACAUGGAAACAGCAACAGAAGCAAAAGGAAAGACAGAGGUAAAUAUAUCUAGCAGGACCAACCUGGGAACAGGAACAAAAUACACAAUUGGCAUGGACACAGGCACUGGGACGGGCAAGGAAACACUUAUUCCAUAUGGAGCAGGGGCUGACAGGGUGAUGAUCUCCACGCUGGAAGCAGGGACAGGCAAAGCAGCGUCCUCCACUCUAGGCACGGAGUUUGGCUGGGGCUCCAGCAGUGCAGCAGCCAUGGUAGUCAGUGGUGCUGCAGGGAGGCCCAAAGGUGUGGCCUCGGCUGUUAGCAGCAUUGCAGGGAGGUCUGGAGGCUCAGCUAAGGCGUUCAGCAGCGGUGGGUCCAGGAGGCCUGAAGAUGGGGUUGCACUGCUCAGCGGCACUGCAGGGUCUGGAGGCAUGGCUAUGGUGAUCAGCGGUGGCGGGUCCAGAAGCGUGGCUGCGCUGGUCGGUGGCGGGUCGGGGAGGCCCGAAGAUGGGGCUGCGCUACUCAGCAGUGCUGCAGGGACCUGGAUCCGGCCGAGCGGUGUCUCUCGCGAUGGGGGCCGGAUCCUGCCAGGUGGCGACCUCCACACCAACAACAUGAACUCGAUCGGGCUGGGCGGUGUCUCCCAUGCCCGGGAACGGAACAGCAUCAGGAUGAGUGACAUCUCCUGUGCCGGGGACUGGAACAGAACUGAUGGAGUCAUCUCUCGUGCCGAGGACCGGGUCUGGCUAGGCAGUGUCAUCUCUCGCGCCGGGGACUGGGUCUGGCUGGGCGGCAUCAUCUCUCGCGCUUCUGGCUGGCUGAGAAGGGAAAAACCCAAUGAGAGCCUGGUUCUGAUAGCUGAUUAUAAAAACUGGACAGAAGCUCAGCGCUACUGCAGAGAACAUCACACUGACCUGGCAAGCAUCAAAAACCAGGAUGAAAACUCUAGAAUUGCCAGUUUGGUGGGACAGAAUUUUGUUUGGAUUGGACUGCACAGGACCAGAACAUGGUCAGAUCAGAGUAAUUCAUCUUUUAGGUACUGGAAAACAGAACAUGUAAACUCAAGAUUAGAGGAUUUGAGUCCAGCCUGCACUGCUGUGAGCCUUGGAGACUUAGGCAGAUGGAUUGAGGAGAACUGUAACAUUACUCUCCCAUUCAUUUGCUACUCAGUAGUGCAAACUGGUUCCCAUCAUCAGUACCACUUCAUGAACAAGCCUAAGAGUUGGACUGAGGCUCAGAGUUUCUGCAGACAAACUCAAACUGACCUGGCCACUGUAGACAACAUGGAGGACAUGAGCAGGCUACUGCAGUCUGUCAGUGACACUUAUACUGGUUCUGCAUGGAUUGGACUGUAUGACGACCUGAAGAACAGUUGGAGAUGGUCUCUGGAAGACCCACAGUUCUACAAGGAGGGAGAGAGAGACUAUAGGAAAUGGUUAUACAAUCCUCGUAAUGAAGAUGGAAAUGACUAUUGUGGACUGAUGUUAUAUGAAACCAAGUCAAUAUACGGUGGAAAGUGGAUUGAUAAAUCUUGUUCAGAAGAACAUCCAUUUGUUUGCUAUGAUGGUAAAAAUAUUGCCACUUACGUUCCAGUGUCUAAGCCAAAAAACUGGAUAGAUGCUCAGAGUUACUGCAGAGAACAUUACCUAGACUUGGCCAGUGUGAGAAACCUUGAGGAGAACAUGGAGAUCUUCCAAAGAACACUGGAAAGUAUAGACACAACAUUUUUGGAUGGCAUUUGGAUGGGAAUUUGGAUAGGAUUAUACAAAACCCUUACAUGGUCAGAUCAGAAUAACUCAACUUUCACUUUCUGGAGAUCUUUAGAGCCGGACAAUGGAAAAAACUCUGGGAUAGACUCCAAUGAUCAGCACUGUACAGCAGUGUCCUUCAGUAACAAUGGGAAAUGGACAAAUGAGAACUGUUUUUCUGCUCUCCCUUUCAUCUGCUACAGUUGUAACGUGAUCACCCUGAGGGUAAUGGUCAAUGCUCAGAAAGAAUUAACAGUGAGUUAUAUUGAGAAUGUGGUCCUGAUAAAGCUUGAGGAGAAAUUACUUCAACUGGGCAUCCCACAUAAGUUCACACUGCGUGUGAAAAGCAUGCAUAAAAUCACUCCCUGA